AUGUGCGUGUGCGUCCCUCUCUUUCGCUCGCCCUCUCUCUCUCUCUCUCUCUCUCUCUCUUUCUCUCUAUCUCUGUAUGUGUGCAUGUAUAUGUCCCCCCACUCUCUGUCCGUGUUCGUCUCUCUCUCUCUCUCUCUCUCUCUCUGUACGUGUGCGAGUGUGUCUCUCUCUCUGUGUAUGCGUCUCUUUCUCUCUCGCUCUCCCUCUCAGUACGUGUGUGUCUCUUUCUCUCCCUCCCUCUCUCUCUCUUUCUCUCUCUCUCUCUAUGCAUGCGCGUCUCUCGUUUUCUGUGCAUGUACGUGUGUAUCUUUGUGUGUUUGUCUCUCUCUCUUUCUCUCUCUCUUUCUCUGCGUGUACGUCUCUCUCUCCCCCUCUCUCGCACUCUCUUUCUUUGUUCGUGUCUGUAUAUCUUUCUCUGUUCGUGUGCAACUCUCUUUCUCUCUCUCUCUCACUUUCUAUCGAUCUAUCUCUCUCUCUCUGUACGUGUGUAUGUAUCUCUCUCUUUGUGCAUGUGCGUCUCCCUCGUUUUCUGUGCAUGUAUGUCUAUCUGAGAGUGGAUGUAUUUCUCUCUCUCUCUCUCUCUCUCUCUCUCUCUCUCUCUCUCUCUCUCUCUGUAUGCGUCUCUCUUACUCGUUCUCUAUGUAUGUGUGUAUGAGAAUUUGUGAGUGUCUCUGUCUGUAUCUCUCUCUCUCUCUCUCUUUAUGCAUGUGCAUCUAUCUCUACCUGUAUCUCUCUGUAUGUGUGUGUCUCGCUCUAGCUGUAUGUGCCUCUCUCUUUCUAUGUAUGUGUUUGUAUAUGUUUGUGUCUGUUUGUCUGUCUCUAUCUCUCUUUCGGUACGCCAUCAAACGAAAGAUGCUUUCCAGAUGCCUUCAAGUGAAAGCUCUCCAGAUGACUUCAACAGAAAGAUGCCUUCCAGAUGACUUCAAGCGAAAGAUGCUUUCCAGACGCCUUCAAGCGAAAGAUGCUUUCCAGAUGACUUCAAGCGAAAGAUGCACUCCAGACGCCCUCAAGCGAAAGAUGCCUUCCACAUGA